GAGAAAAAAGAACAAAAACCUUUUCUUUAAGAACAAGUAGAAGCAUAAGCAUUCUACUCGCUCCCUCUCUCUGAAAUCUGUAGCUGAAAACUCUCUCGGUUUCGAUAAAGAAAAGGAAUUAAUCGGAGUCAGAUGGCUACCGGUAUGGUAGAAGAUACGAGCUUCGAGGACGAGCAGCUGGCCGCCAUGACCACCGAGGACAUUAUCAGAGCCACUCGCCUUCUUGACAACGAGAUCCGAAUUCUCAAGGAAGAAAUGCAAAGAACAAAUUUGGAGUUGGAUUCAUACAAGGAGAAGAUAAAGGAGAAUCAGGAAAAGAUUAAGCUCAAUAAGCAGUUGCCUUACUUGGUAGGCAACAUUGUUGAGAUUCUGGAAAUGAACCCAGAAGACGAGGCUGAGGAGGAUGGUGCAAAUAUUGAUCUUGACUCACAAAGAAAGGGGAAGUGUGUUGUUUUGAAAACAUCUACUCGCCAGACAAUCUUCCUGCCUGUUGUUGGGCUUGUUGAUCCUGAUAAGUUGAAGCCUGGUGAUCUUGUUGGUGUGAACAAGGAUAGUUACCUGAUCUUGGAUACUUUGCCAUCCGAGUACGAUUCUCGAGUAAAGGCUAUGGAGGUCGACGAAAAACCGACUGAAGACUACAAUGACAUUGGAGGGCUAGAGAAGCAGAUUCAAGAACUGGUUGAGGCGAUUGUUUUACCCAUGACCUAUGGACCUCCUGGAACUGGUAAAACAUUAAUGGCUCGGGCUUGUGCUGCACAAACCAAUGCUACUUUUCUGAAACUGGCAGGCCCACAACUGGUUCAGAUGUUCAUUGGGGAUGGAGCAAAACUUGUUCGUGAUGCCUUUCAGCUUGCAAAAGAGAAAUCCCCCUGCAUCAUUUUCAUAGAUGAAAUUGAUGCAAUUGGCACAAAGCGAUUUGAUAGUGAAGUGAGUGGAGAUAGGGAGGUGCAACGUACAAUGCUUGAACUGCUUAAUCAGCUUGAUGGCUUUAGUAGCGAUGAUCGGAUCAAGGUGAUAGCAGCAACAAAUCGUGCUGACAUCCUGGACCCUGCUCUUAUGCGUUCUGGUCGGUUGGAUCGUAAAAUUGAGUUUCCACACCCCACGGAAGAUGCAAGAGCUAGAAUUCUGCAGAUUCACUCGAGGAAGAUGAAUGUCCACCCAGAUGUGAAUUUUGAAGAAUUAGCUCGGUCUACUGAUGAUUUCAACGGUGCACAACUAAAAGCAGUGUGCGUGGAGGCAGGCAUGCUGGCUCUGCGUCGGGAUGCAACUGAGGUCAACCACGAAGAUUUUAAUGAAGGUAUCAUUCAAGUUCAGGCGAAAAAGAAGGCGAGCCUCAACUAUUACGCAUAGAGUGGGUGGGUUCUCAAAGGGUCAUCAAGCCUAGUACAAGUUCCAACUUUUAAGUUUAUGCACCAGAACCAUACCCUCGUGUAAUUUGAUCUAUUGACUUGUAGUAAUUUGUGUUUGUUUUUAUAACCAGUAAUGGAUAGACGGUAGACCACUGCACUUCAGCAUUUUUUGCAGUGACACUUGAAAGUUAAA